AUGCAGUCGAGGCCGUUCAACGAUUCGAGAGAUCCCAACGCCGACUUAUUCGAGGUUGAGCUUCGGCGCACAUUCAUGGUCCAGGAGUUCCCUCGGAAUCUAACUUCAAGGGAGUUUGAUAGGUGCCAAGCAAGUUUGGAGAGCCUCUGCUUGCUAUUAGAUAGACUUGUGCUGGACAGUGUUGUGUCCAUCAGCCCUGUGUGGUCUCGAAGCCAUGAUCAUCAAAGGCCUUUCUCUCGUUUGCGAGCGAUAACUGCAUUUUUAGAGUCGACAUCCGAAACAGUUGAUCUGGCGAUUGGUGCCAACAGAACCCUCUUCCAACUUCCCAACGGUGCCGAACUUGGCAGGUGUCUGCAGAUUGUCACAGAAUGCAACGAUACCCUCAGCAGAUUGACUGCGUCAGCACCCCAAGAGCCAACUAUUCAGCCUCUCCAAAAACAGCAAAAGAAGCGGAUGUGGAAGAAGGCUAGAAUACGAAACCGGUCCACGUUUGUUCUUGGGACUCUGUUCGAACACUUUAGAUGUGGAACAUCGCACGAGGUAUUAUUGAAGCUCACCGAGGACCCCGACGAGAAUUCGGUUUUGCCAAGCUUGCAGCUUAUGCUCUCGCCAUGUCCAGAGCUGGAAUUAUGGCAGGAGGUGCAGUGCGAGUCUGUUAAUCUGUAUGUACACCCGAUCCUAUAUUUUCUUCAAUACUCGCACACUUGCUUCUUUGCCUACGUGUCAACUCACCAAACAUUCAGAGGUGAAACUUCAAUCUCUCGUAUUCCCGAUAUCUGUACAGACAUCCGACAGCAUACCGGCGAAGGAAAGGCAUUAAUGCUUCUUAUUGAGAAAUAUGGGAUAUUCGGUGCCUGGGCAAACCCUACCUCCUCCGGGCCGGACCCCUCAUCCAAGGAGUCUCUCGACCAGCUCAUCGAGAAGGGAGCAUUUAAGCCUCUCGAUCUCCAGGCAUUAAUUCAUGGGGCGUCACAGCAGAAUUUUAGCACAAAGGAUAAGCGAGCACUGGCCGUCAAGCUUGGAUUUUGCCUCAUGGAUUUCUUCGACGCCGACAUCACCUCGAAAAGGAUCUAUUUCUUGAAUGCUUCGAAGCCAGGUCCCAAAGAAGAGCUGCCCUACUUGGCAUUUGGCUCGAAGCUUCCGGCGACAGCCGACCCGUAUAGCUUCCGAAUGGGCCACCCUGCACUGCUUUCCUUUGCAAAGCUCCUGUUGGAGAUUGACUUUGGCCAAUGUAUCGAUCUGGAGAUUAGUCCCUACAAUAGCCAGAAUCAACUCACCUGGGCUAAACUCGUGAGCUACGUGGACCGUCUCGAAGAGGAUAGAAGCGACUCAUAUCUCGAAGCCAUUAGGGCUUGCCUCCACGUACAUCGCAAGAUAGCCGAGAAAUUGAGAUCUCGUGACCUUGACAGCAAGGGUGCAGACUCGAAAAUACGGAAAACGCUCUACAAGGAAGUUGUUCACAAACUCGAGCUCGGGCUUGCAGAGUCUAUUCCCAGGCCUGCCCACAAACGACAGAGGUCAGAGUCGCCGCCCGCGUCUGAUCACCGCAACAGGGCUCGAACCGAUCGCUCCUGGAAAAUGGCCGCACGAUCUUUGGAAUCUCAGCCCUCUACAGAGCCCUUUGCAGGAGGGUUCAAGAGGCGGCGUACCCCGGAGCAGCAUAGCUGGUCAUCUCGCGCUGUCUCUGAGUCGGCUCCCAGUGAAAACAGCAGCUUAUCCGAUCUCAGUAUGACACAUUCCGAAACCUCUUUUUGUAGCUCUCGACCCAGCUCUCGCGAAGGCUUCCAGAUCGCCCUGAUCUGCGCGCUACGGGUCGAAUUCGACGCUGUCGAGGCUCUGUUCGAUGAGUAUUACGAACAGGACUUUUCAUACCGGAAAGCGCUAUGGGAUCCCAAUGCUUAUACAACCGGGAAAAUGUGCGGCCACGAUGUUGUCUUGGCCUUUAUGCCGGGUAUGGGCAAGGUGAACUCGGCGAGCGUGGCAGCCGGGUUCCGUGCCAGCUUUCCUGGAAUUAGGCUUGGCUUAGUUGUGGGCAUCUGCGGAGGCGUGCCAGUCGGGACAGAUGACGAAAAAGAGGUCCUCCUCGGUGACGUUAUCAUCAGCACGGCACUGGUCCAGUUCGACUUUGGGCGGCAAUAUGCGAACAAGGCUGUGAGAAGGGAUACCCUACAAGACAAUCUAGGUCGGCCAAAUGCAGAGAUUCGGGCGUUUCUCACGAAACUAUCGGGAUCAAGAGGUCGUAAAACGCUGAGAGACAAAACGUCUCUCCACCUUGAAGAGCUCUGCGAUAAAGAUGGCUUCAAGCAGUCUUCGUAUCCAACAGAGGACGACAAGCUAUAUCUGUCUACGUAUCGUCACAAACAUCAAGACGGUUCUUGCGCCAUUUGUGCCAACGGCAAUGGCCCGGACGAUGAUGUCUGCGAGGCCGCACUGGAGUCAACUUGUGAGGAACUUGAUUGUCAGGAUAGCGAAUUGGUUCGCCGAGCUCGCGUCGACAAGGCAAGAGGUGUUGGUGACUUCAGAUACACAUCUGCUGCAGAGAUGCUUGAAGCACGGAAACCUGUGAUCCAUUUUGGCGUCAUUGUAUCAGGAGACUCGGUCAUGAAGUCCGGACAGCAUCGCGACGAAAUUGCUUCCCGCGAGAAAGCCAUUGCGUUUGAGAUGGAAGGGGCUGGUGUUUGGGAAAGCUUCCCAACGGUUGUGAUUAAGAGCGUGUGUGACUAUGCGGAUAGUCAUAAGAACAAGAGGUGGCAGAGAUAUGCUGCCGCAACGGCCGCUGCGUGCAUGAAGGCAUUUAUGGGAGAAUGGAGGCCGGCUCGGUAG